GCUACAUAAACAAAACCUGUGCAGAAGAAGAAGAGGGAAAAGAGGGGGGAGAAAAGGGAGGAACCGCGAGCAGUCAGAGCGUUCUCACUCUUCUGCUCCCUGGAGGACGCGCGCGCGCACAGACAGACUCUCUCCUGCUCCUCGCGCGCAAAAUCUCACAAUAGCAGUGGCACCCUGCUCCAUUAUCUCCGCGCUCGGUAACGGAGGACGCGCGCGCACGCACCCUCACCCUCACUUCCACACGCGCGCGCGUGCGAGGACUGUACGAUGGCUCAGCCGCGCAAAAGCGGCGCGAACAGCGACCCAGGCGCGUUCCCGGAGCUGGUGGAGCUGAACGUGGGCGGACAGGUGUACGUGACGCGGCGCUCCACGCUCGUCUCGGUGCCGGACUCUCUGCUCGGACGCAUGUUCGGUCAGCAGAGCCCCUCGGAGCUCAGCACGGACACCAAGGGGCGCUUCUUUCUGGACCGCGACGGCUUCUUGUUCCGCUACAUCCUGGACUACCUGCGCGACGGCAACCUCGUGCUGCCCGACUACUUCCGCGAGCGCGCCGGUCUGCGCAGGGAGGCCGAGUUCUUCCAGCUGCACGACCUGGCGCGGCGUCUCGCGCCGCUGGUCAGCAAGGAGAACUCCAUUGGCGACGAGGCACAGGGCGAGCACGAGCACGACGAGAGCGCGCUCGCGUCCUCCUCCACGACCACGACGUCCAGUCUGAACGACCCCCGCUCGCCCUCCCUCAAGUGCGGCUACAUCACGAUAGGCUACAGGGGCUCGUACACGAUCGGCCGCGACAUCCAGACGGACGCCAAGUUCCGCAGGGUUGCGCGCAUCACCGUGUGCGGCAAGACCUCGCUGGCCAAAGAAGUGUUCGGGGACACGCUCAACGAGAGCCGAGACCCCGACCGACCCCCGGAGCGCUACACUUCGCGCUACUACCUCAAGUACAACUUCCUGGAGCAAGCUUUCGACCGGCUGGCCGAAGCGGGCUUCCGAAUGGUCGCCUGCAGCUCCACGGGCACGUGCGCCUACACCAGCAGCGACCCCAACGAGGACAAGAUCUGGACGAGCUACACCGAGUACGUGUUUUGCAGGGAGUGACCAAAAACAAACAAACAAACAAACAGAAAAGUGACCACUCUAUAGGACUGGAGGACUCUAAGAAUCUUACCUUUGAUUUUUUCACCAUUGAGAAACCCACAUGUUGUGAAAGAGUAGCAAUCAAUGCGCAGAGAAGAAGCAGAGGUGGGUAGAACUGCCCCAAAACAUCCAUGAGUGAAAACAGGAAGAGAACUUAGCCACCAAAAACAACCUAAAGAAAAAAGUGGAUCCAAAAACUACAGAAUUCUGUUCUUUUUGAUUAUUUGUUUAAGCGGAAUCUUAUUAUUUGAGGCAGAACCUCCUUGUCUUAUUCACUGAGGUAACAAACCAGUGGGCAUAGAAGAAGCAGAGGUGGAACUGCUUAAAACAACCUUAAGUAAAACUAAGAGGAACACUUAGCUACCAAAAAAUAAAGAUUGGUCCAAAAACUACAGAAUUAUGUUUUUUUUUAUUUUAUUAUUCUUUUUUAUUCUUAUAAUUUGAGGCAGAACCUUCUCGUCUUAUUCAUUGAAGUAAAAAAAACAGUGGGCAUAAAAGAAACAGAGGUGGGUAGAACUGUCUAAGAAUCACCCUCAAGUAAAAAGUAAAAGGAAAACUUCUCUGCUACCAAAAAAAAAGGAGGUCCGAAAACUACAGAACGCAAAAUCUUAUGAGUCGAACCAGAAUCAUAUUGUUAGGUUUGCUUAUUUAUGGAGGUGACAAACAAAUUAUGAGAGGGUGUUAUCAGUGUGCAGAGAAGAUGUAGAGGUGGGUAGAACUGUCAGAAUUAUCCCAAAUGCUACAAAACACAUUGUAAAAGUGUCGGGACCAAAAAACACAGAAUUUUACUGUUGAUUUUUUUCCGAUUCAGUUUGACAGAAUUCUACUAUUUAUGUUUCUCAUUCUUUGAGGAAACUCACACGUUGUGAGAUAUUAUAAUCACAGCACGGAGAAGCAGGUGUGGCUAACAUUACCUAAAUGCCAUCCUCAAGUCACUUCUGUGAAAUAAGCACCCAAUUAAGACUAAAAGUACCUCCCUGAAACCAGCUUGGGUGGAAAAGCAUUAAUCCUAUGGUUGAUUCCCCUUCACUGAGUCAAUCACAGUUGUGCGAGAACAUUAGUGCACAGAGAGGAAGCAGAAGUGGGCAGAAAACAUCCUGAAGUAAAAAUGAUUACUUCCAUUAUAUUAUGACUCAAGUAGCUAUAAAAAUAGACACCAGAAAUGCUUGCGCAAAAAAGGCCAAUAGUCUAAAAAGGCCUCAAGUGUUGAGUUCAGAACGUCAGAGGAACAUCCAGCAUCUAUCAGCAUAGGGCCUGAAGUUUGUUAAGUGCUUUCUUCUCUUUUUCGGAUCCUGUCGAUCUGAUGCUGAGCAGAUGAGAAUGAUAUCAAAUGCGAAAAAGGAAUUCAUGACUAAACUGCGAAUGACUGAAAUGGAACUGAGUAAAAUGCAGAUCUUUUCUUCACAAGCCUACAUGAGUAGAAGUAUUAGCUCUUGAACACACAAAGUACAAAUCAAUCCAGAUUUCACUGAGGCACAUGGAGCUGAGUAGAGGAGCUAGUCAAUUUGCUGCUUCCCACCUCUGCAGAUCAGUAGAAGUGUGUUCUGUGUUUUGGCAGAAGUUUAAGGACUAGUUGAUGGCGAUAAACAAUGUUUGGCUUAAACAGUUCAGUGAACUCUGUUAAGAUUCCUGAGAAACCAGAAACAGACGGGCCUGUCUGGACAGAUUUGGAUGCGGGAAAGACAGGUAAUGUUCACUGUACUGUUACACAGCAGUGCUACGUAUCGAAUUCAUUGGAGGAAAAUUCAUAAAAGUUUCUGAACUUCCUAAAAGAAUCAUUCCUCAUGUUCCACCCACUGUCAGUCAUGUCAGACUCCAAGGCAUCUGUUCCUCUUUAUGCUCUGCAGCGCUUACUAUUUUAAUGUUUCACGUACUGUUUUCCAGACAUUUGUCCUGUUUCAGUCCUCCCACUGGACUUUUAUUUUCUGCUCACACAGAAAAUGAGGGUCUCCCUUAUUGACAGUAAAGUUUCUGGCAACAUUCCAGCAUGAGCUUCGGUUUCGUGCUUGAUGGUGUUAGAUAAUGUCUGGCUCAUGCGAAAUCAACUGUUGCAGUUUGGUUUAGUUUUAUCUGACAGCAGUUCCUCAAACUGGACCCUUACAUAAGGCUAUUUUAACCCUUUUUUCCAUCUGAAGUAAACCAUGUGAUUUCUUUUCCUCUGCACUUGUAUAUUUGAAAUCUUGAACUUUUGCCCAUACUGUUUAUCUGUAAGACCCAAAGAAUAAAUUAAGUAUGAAAGAUGUU